AUGUGAGUGGAGGGAGGAUCAAAUCCCAAUAAUGAAAACUUUCCCGCCACACAUUUUCGUGCGCGCGUCUCUCUCCUCUACUCUAUUAUAGAAAGCGAAGAGUCGCGUAUCAUGAAUCAUGAAGUAGAAGAUUAACACUGUACAGUGAGAGUGUGUCUGUUGAAAACUACGAAGAAGAAGAAGUGAAAUGGGAAUCCAUGGUCUGUUACCGCUACUCAAAUCAAUUAUGAUUCCAAUUCACAUCAAAGACUUUCACGGCUGUUCUGUCGCCAUCGACACUUAUUCCUGGCUUCACAAAGGUGCCCUUUCUUGCAGCACCGACCUCUGUAAAGGCAUACCCACUACUAGGCACAUUGAGUAUUGUAUGCAUAGAGUGAAUUUGCUGAGACAUUAUGGUGUUAAGCCUAUUCUUGUAUUUGAUGGAGGGCUUUUACCAAUGAAGGGUGAUCAAGAGAACAAGCGUGCCCGGUCUAGAAAAGAAAAUUUGGAACGUGCGGUUGAACAUGAAGCAAAUGGAAAUUCUACUGCUGCCUAUGAGUGCUAUCAGAAAGCUGUUGAUAUUUCACCUCAGAUUGCACGAGAACUUAUUCAGGUACUGAAGCAAGAGAAUGUGCAGUAUGUUGUUGCCCCAUAUGAGGCAGAUGCCCAGAUGACAUUUUUGGCAAUUAGCAAACAGGUUGAUGCAGUUAUAACCGAAGACUCUGAUCUUAUACCAUUUGGUUGUCCAAGGAUUAUCUUUAAAAUGGACAAGUUUGGUCAAGGUGUUCAGUUUCAGUAUUCCAUGCUACAAAAGAAUAAGGAGCUUAAUUUUGAAGGGUUCAACAAACAAAUGCUUCUUGAAAUGUGUAUUUUGAGUGGCUGCGACUAUCUUCAGUCCUUGCCAGGCAUGGGUCUCAAAAAGGCUCAUGCAAGCAUUAAAAGAUUUAAAAGCUAUGACAAGGUUCUUAAGCACUUGAAAUACAACGGUGUUUCUGUACCUCCCUUUUACGAAGAGUCGUUCAGGAAGGCUAUUCUUACUUUCCAAUAUCAACGAGUUUAUGAUCCAGUUAGUGAAAAUAUUGUCCAUUUGGCUAAUAUACCUGAGGAUAUUGGUGACGAGUUAGACUUUUUAGGCCCACCAUUGCCAAAAGAUAUAGGACAAGGAAUAGCAGAAGGAGAUCUUGAUCCAAUUACCAAAAUGCCAUUUGAGGGAGACAAAUUUGCUGCCAGAUUGGAAAUUGCAGGAACUAGUCAAUUCAAAACACUUAAUUCUGAAAGGGUGAAGAAAAGGAUUGAUCUGCCUGUGCAGAAGAAUCUCUUGACCAAGUAUUUUUGUUUUGCAUCCCUUGAAGCAAAAAGGGAAUUCAAAGCGCCUCGGACGUCACCUACCACUGCUAAUCAAAGUACACUGAUUUCCUCUUCUGUCAAUUCCCUAGAACAUCAGACAUUAGAAGCUGCUGCUAGAGAAACAGUGAACUCUGGUGCAUCCACUGUUGACACUGAGAAUUGUGACAGCAGCCUUCCUCCUAAUAGCUAUAUUGAAAACAGUUUUCCCACCAAAACUUUGGAGCUUAUGGAAUCACCGAAUCAUGUAUCUAUGGCAGGAGAGAAGAAAGGAAGUCCUGAUCAUACAAUAUUGAGACAGCCGAGGCAGCCAAUUCAUAAACCUUGUUUGGGGUUGCAUAAGGAGCAUGAGCUCACAAAUGUCGAAGACAAAGCCGAAGAGAAAACCAAGGAGACAAAAAGAAAGGUAAUUGUAAGGAGUCGUUAUUUUCAGCAGAAACAAGUAGAAAAGAAUGCUUGUGACGUGAAACAAGAGCAGCUGUCCUCUUGCAUCGUCAUUGAUGAGAGAAAAAAUGGCAUAUCAGGCGGUGAUUUAUGUAACAAGCAUUUGAAGAAUGAUGACCUGAAAAAGAAGGUCUACCCUAAUGACACUAUUCAAAGUGAAAAUUUGCAGGCCAGGAAAAUGAAUCCUACUUCAUCUACUCAUGAUAAUGGUUGCUCUGAUCACAAUGUUGGCGGGCCAUUCAAAGAGAAUAGUGCUCAAGAAGAAAAAUUUGGAACCAACAUUUCCCAUUUAGGCCAUUAUUCACAAAUAUCUGAGAAGUCUUUGGAAAGAUUUGCCUCUGUAAUAUCGGCUUAUAAAUAUACCUCUGGCUCUCGUGUCAGCGGUCUUCGUGCUCCUCUGAAAGAUGUUCGCAACACUCAUAAUAAGAGGCCUGCAGCUGUGGACUUGAGCCAAUAUGCAUACGUGCCAAAACCAACAAAGACUAGAAGAGUAGCUCCUGAUGUUCGCAACACUCGCAAUAUUAGGCCAAAAGCUGUGGACUUGAACCAAUUUGCAUAUGUACCAAAACAAAGACUAGAUGAAUAGCUCAUGGGAAUUACUUCAAGUUGUUUAAGAAGAAAUUUCCAGUUUUGAUUCAGGUUAACGUCAUCCCUCGGAUGCCAUUCUGCCCUAGCCAGGACCUGUACUGAGUUAAUUCUUAUUUGGCAGCUGUAAAUUGUAUUCUUAAUCCAACCACUAAUUUACUUGGGAUUUGGGAAUUAGUUGUCUUAAUGUGAUCUUCAUGUAAUACCGCAAGGCAAACUUGGUUGAAUUUCAUUAUUAAACAGUGGAAGCUUCGGUAUUAGUUGUAUAUCAUGUUGUAUGUCACCAUGCUUGGCAUUUUUCACAAUUGAUGCUAAUUGAAAAAUAGAAACAUUAAUUUUC